UUUUCUCGAUCCAGACUACCGUUUGACGACGAUCAUCAACCUGAGGCAGUAGAAUGUGGCCAGGAUGUGAUGGCACUUUUCUCAGAGAGUGAAAGGGCUGUAAAUAUAGCCACUCGUUCUACAUCACUCUCAACGCAACCUUGGCCUCAAGCCUUUGAAAAUCUACACGAUGCUUCGAUACCUUCGACGCCAGAGUAUUUAAAGGAAAUGACUAGUAAUCAGUUAUUCUUAGUUCCGGGCGUUUCUGAAGACUGUUUCCUUGAGCUGCAAGCCUUUAGCAACCUUCCCAUCAUUUCUUUUCCACGCGCUCUCUAUAGCAGACGCCGGGUACGUCUCCUCCGGUUGGUUACACCCGAAGAGGCCGAACUGUAUUCACCCGGUUUCCGGACGCCCCGAAUCAAACCCAUAGCAGAUAUGGUGGCUACAUCAACAGUGACGGAAACUUCAUCCGUUGGUGAUGGAAGCAUUCAUCCUCAACAUGUGGAUAAAGAAAAAUCAAGUUUAUCUAAUAUCCUUGAGGAGGCCUGGGGCAAGUCGUCUCUCUCUUGCCCGGUAAGAUCCGUCUGCCCUCACCCUGGUUCACAUAUUUCACUCGACCCCUGCCGCCUCAUCUGUGCUACUCGAGACGUUAUUGGCCCUACUCUGCGUCUGGGUGACUAA